AAGGAAGAGGUGGUGAAGAACAGCUUCUGUGGAUAGAGAGGGACUCUGAGAAUUAUUAAUCUUUAAUCUGUGCUGAGAGGGAAAACCUUUUGUCACUUGUGUACAAAGUCCUUUGCUUCUGGCUUGCAUAACUCAAUCCUGCUCUACAUUUCUGCUCAUGAUUUAUACUCUGGAUCUGCAAAAACAACGAGGAAUCCUGUGGCACCUUAGAGACAAACAGAUUUAUGAAGGAAUUAACUUUUACGGGUAAAACCCAUUUUAUUGGAUGAAUUGGAGUGGAAUUUACUGAAGCCAGGGUAUCUUUUACCUUCCCAAAUAUUGCACAAUGUUGUGUCGAGCUGCUCUGAGAACCUCCUUCCUCUCUGCUGGACGAUACCUCCUCUUCUCACCACACUCCGUCACAGCUGUAUCCCAGUCUUGCUUCCCUGUCCAUAACCUCGUAUUAAGGAAUGAAUCUAUCCGUUGCUGGAGCAACAUCCCAUUUAUCACCGUGCCCCUCAGUCGAACCCAUGGCAAGUCAUUUGCACAUCGCAGUGAGCUGAAGCAUGCUAAACGAAUUGUGGUGAAGCUGGGGAGCGCUGUUGUGACUCGAGGAGAUGAGUGUGGAUUGGCUCUUGGGCGGUUGGCAUCUAUUGUUGAGCAGGUGUCAAUGCUGCAGAAUCAAGGUCGGGAAAUGAUGAUAGUUACCAGUGGUGCUGUAGCUUUUGGAAAACAGCGAUUACGCCAUGAGAUCCUACUCUCUCAAAGUGUGAGGCAGGCCCUCCAUUCAGGACAGAACCAGCUAAAGGACAUGGCUAUUCCAGUCUUGGAGGCACGAGCGUGUGCAGCAGCUGGGCAGAGUGGACUGAUGGCUCUUUAUGAGGCCAUGUUUACACAGUACAGCAUUUGUGCAGCUCAGAUUUUAGUUACCAAUUUGGAUUUCCACGAUGAGCAGAAGCGUCGGAAUUUAAAUGGAACAUUGCAUGAGCUGCUGCGGAUGAAUAUUGUCCCUAUUAUUAACACCAAUGAUGCGGUUGUUCCACCUCCAGAACCAAACAGUGAUCUUCAGGGGGUAAAUGUUAUUAGCGUUAAGGAUAAUGAUAGUCUGGCAGCACGUCUGGCUGUAGAAAUGAAAACUGAUCUCCUGAUUAUUCUUUCAGAUGUAGAAGGGCUCUUUGACAGCCCCCCAGGGUCAGAUGAUGCGAAGCUCAUUGACAUAUUUUACCCUGGAGAUCAGCAGUCUGUGACAUUUGGAACCAAAUCCUGUGUAGGGAUGGGAGGAAUGGAGCCCAAGGUGAAGGCAGCUUUAUGGGCCCUCCAAGGUGGCACCUCUGUAGUGAUCGCAAAUGGAACCCAUCCAAAGAUCUCCGGACACGUCAUCACAGAUAUUGUGGAGGGGAAAAAAGUUGGCACUUUUUUUUCAGAGGUAAAACCUGCAGGCCCUACGGUAGAGCAACAAGGUGAAAUGGCUCGAGCUGGAGGCAGGUCCCUAGCAGCAUUGCAGCCUGACCAGAGAGCAGAGAUAAUCUAUCACAUAGCGGAUCUACUAACUGACCAGAGAGAAGAAAUUCUGUUGGCCAAUAAAAAAGACUUGGAAGAAGCUGAAAGUAAAGGGAGAUUGGCACUUCCUUUGAUGAAACGACUGAGUCUGUCUACAUCCAAGCUGAAUAGCUUGGCCAUAGGACUUCGUCAGAUUGCAGCAUCCUCACAGGAGAGUGUUGGCCGGGUCAUUCGCAAAACACGAAUAGCAAAAGACUUAGAGCUGGAGCAGGUGACUGUGCCUAUUGGAGUCCUGCUGGUGAUCUUCGAAUCCCGUCCUGAUUGCCUCCCACAGGUGUCCGCUUUGGCUAUUGCCAGUGGAAAUGGCUUGUUACUUAAAGGAGGGAAGGAGGCAGCGCAUAGCAAUCAAAUCCUUCACCAUCUAACACAAGAAGCACUUUCCAUCCAUGGGGUCAAGGAUGCAGUGCAGCUGGUGAACACCAGGGAGGAAGUAGAAGAUCUUUGCCGUCUGGAUAAGCUGAUAGAUCUGAUCAUUCCGCGUGGCUCCUCUCAGCUGGUUAGGGAUAUCCAAAAAGCUGCUAAAGGAAUCCCGGUUAUGGGGCACAGUGAAGGGAUCUGCCAUGUAUAUGUGGAUUCGGACGCCAGUGUAGAGAAGGUCACCAGAAUAGUCAGAGAUUCAAAAUGUGAAUAUCCUGCUGCCUGUAAUGCUCUGGAAACGCUAUUAAUUCACCGGGACUUGCUGCGAACCCCUUUAUUUGACCAGAUCAUCGACAUGUUGAGAGUCGAACAGGUGAAGAUUCAUGCUGGUCCCAAAUUUGCCUCAUAUUUGACUUUCAGUCCUUCAGAAGUAAAAUCUCUCCGUACAGAAUAUGGUGAUCUAGAGUGUUGCAUUGAGGUUGUCGAUAGUGUCCAGGAAGCAAUUGAUCAUAUCCACAAGUACGGAAGUUCACACACAGAUGUUAUCGUCACAGAGAACGAGAAAACAGCAGAGUUCUUUCUUCAGCAUGUGGACAGUGCCUGUGUCUUCUGGAAUGCCAGCACCCGAUUCUCCGAUGGAUAUCGGUUUGGACUUGGUGCAGAGGUUGGAAUCAGUACUUCUCGUAUCCAUGCCCGUGGGCCAGUAGGAAUUGAGGGGCUAUUAACUACAAAGUGGUUGCUGAAAGGGGAGAAUCAUGUUGUUUCUGACUUCUCUGAGCAUGGGAGUAUGAAGUAUCUUCAUGAGACCCUUCCUCUCCCUCAGAGAAACACCAACUGAGAUCAUCUGAGGAGAGCACAUGAGUGUCAAAUGUUUACUGAGAAUGUUCAGACUUCAGAGCUCCCUCUGGGAAGGAGAUUGUACCUCACCUUCAGACUCAUUGUCUCUACAUUGUUCCUCCAUCAUUUCUUGGUCACCUCAGUAAAAUUAAGACAAACUGAUUAUAUCUGUACCUGAGAAUACUUGCUCAUGCUGUUUUCAUGUGUAGCAACAAAUGCAGCUGAUACAAAUAGGGUACCCUGAAACCACAGCCCUGCCUCCUUCAAACUGUCAAAAGGACUCAAAGGCUCUUCUCUGCCUUCUUUCCUUAAUCUCUGUGGUACAGUAUGUGUGUGCUUGGUUUUAUGGAUGGAGCCAUUUCUUAUGCUUUCUAUUGGUUAAACCUCUCUUCUCCUUUUUUGUAACUCUUCAAUUCAGGAAGAGGAUUUGGUUUUUCUGAACUUGUCUUUUUGACUUAGGAUCUUGGCAGCUUUUGAAAAUUCAGAAAUGCUGUGACAAUUAUUUUGUCUGCAUUUAAAUGUUUAAUAACACAACUGAAUGAAUAUUCCCAAUGUACAACAAUGUUUUUGACCAAAAAUCCUUUUUAAUCUCUUUAUUUCUUUUAAUUGCUGACUAAUGUAGAUAGAUUUCAUAGUUCUAUAUCAUGUGGAUUUCAUUACCCUUUUAUGAAUAUUUGUACAAAAUAUUUUUGCUCUUGGAUUUUAUAUGAAACUUAAUCAACUCCAAAAGAGAAUGGAAGCAAUAUUUUAAUUUCCUUGUUUUUCAAAAUAAAGUUUAUGCAAAAUG